AUGAUGACGCCCUUUGUGUUCGCCAACCUCCCCGUCGAGCUCGUGCGCGACAUCUUCGAGCACGCCGCCCGCGACGACCUCGCCACCGCGCGCGACCUCACCCUUGUCUCCUCCGCAGUCCGCCGCUGGACGGACCCGCUCCUCUACCACACCGUCAUCCUCGCCUCCGCGCGCGCGCUCAAGGCAUUUGCCGCCGCGCUGGCCCUGAAGCCCGCCUCGUUCGCCGCCGCGCACGUCCGCACCCUCGGCGUGCUCACCGUCGGACCCGCGCCGACCGUCGCGCGCAUCCUCGGCGCGUGCACCGGCGCGACGAACGUCGCGUGCGCAUGCGCGCUCCCCACUCCCGCCCCCGCCCCUCCGUCCCUACCACCACAAAUCCUCCCCGGCCCUCGCGAGCGGCAUCUGCUCGGACCCGCGCUGCGCGACGCAGCCGGGUGGGAUGCCGCGCUGGCGCCCGCCGCGGCCCGCGCUUCGACGACGACGCACCUCCGCCUCCACCUCCCCUCCUUCGACGCCGCACGGCCCGACUCCCCCUUCUCCUUCGGUGCCGGUGCCGGCGCCGACGCGGCCCCGGGCGCGGGCUGGGCGCGCCUGCGCGCUCUCCCCGCGCUCACCCACCUCGCGCUCGUCUACCGCCCCUCCGGCGAGGCCCCUGCGGGCACGAUCGUGCCCCACCUCGCGCGCCUCCUCGCUCCCGCCAGUACGGCAGACGCGGACGCGCUGCCGCUCGCCCGGCUGCAGCUCGUGCUCGUGCAGAUCGUCGGCGCGAAGAAGGACGCGGGGUUCGCGGCGGCGGCGGUCGACGCGCUCAACGCCGCCGCGAUCGCCCAGGGCGGCGCGGCGCUCCGCGUCGUGGCGGAGCACGCGCCGAUGUCGGCGGCGCGCCAGUGGGCGGACGCCGUCCGCGCGGGGCGGGGGGUGUGGGAGGAGGCGGAGGCGGUCGUGCGGGCGCGGACGCGCGCGAAGUCGUCGGCGUGCACGGGCAGUCGAUCCGUUUGA